AUGCUUGAGCUCAACCUACCCUUCAAAUCGUCAGCUUUGGAACUUUGCAGUCCAUUAGUGGAGUAUCGUGCCGAGCAAGAUAUUUUUCGCUUGAUACAUGUUUCAGUUGGCGAAUUUCUCAGUAGUUCUCACUUUCAUGACCAGGUGGACGAUGCAAUCCUGCCAUUUUUGAUUUCUGAAGCAGAUGGGCACCAAGAGCUGGCCAGGACUUGCCUGCGGUAUCUCUCUCACGUUGCCUGUCAGGUUGUGAUUGAUCCUGCCAGGUUUCCGCUGUUGGAUUACGCGGUUCUUUUCUGGUGCCAUCACUAUACCAAGUCGACUUUCGACCGUGGCCUUGAGCGCGAGGUGACCGACUUUCUGUCUUCGAAGCCGCGGCGGCAGUUUUGGAUCUUGCAGCUACUUUUCCUCCAAUCAUCUAUGUUUCCACUUCAGCGCCUGAUGAAGAUGCAGAGGUCCCUGGCAGAAUGGAUUGCUCGAAACACAGAGAACGGAUUUGACAUGAGCCUGAUUGAUUGGAUGCAAGACGUCCCAGAGAUCUUGAUCCGAGGUCAAGUGCCGUUAGCAUCGUCAAAUUUCGACUGUACAUCUCAAAACUACAAGAUUCCGCCAAUAAGUUACUUUGACAAGAUGAUGGUCAUCCGCGACCUUGUUCGAGAAUUUACAAUGAGUGGGAGACUGACAGAUGGGGAACAAUGGCUCGCUGAAGGUCUUGAGAAUCAAAGAAAUAUCCUGGGACAAGAGCACCUCUCGACGGCAUGGUUUAUGAACAGUCUGGGCUUACUGUAUGACCAACAGCAACGAGUGGAACUCUCAGCACGCACUCAAGAGCAAGCGCUCGCAAUUCAAUCGUUACGUCUUGGACCUGAUCACGAGGAGACAAGAUGGACUGUCAAUGAACUCGGCCGAAUCUACCGUCACCUUCACCAAUAUGGCCUGGCCGAGGACAUGCAUUUAUGUUCACUCCAGGUCCUCCAAAACCAGUACGCGUCGGACAAUCUCGAAACUGCCUGGACUUUGAAUACCUUGGCGCGGACAUAUCGCAAGCAAGGACGAUACAAUGAAGCUCUAGGGCUCCAUGAAGAAGCCAUCAAAAUCCAGACGGCAAAGCUCGGUAGGGACCAUCCACAUACGCUUUGGGCGAUCACAGACGUGGCGCGUUGCUAUCAUGACCAAGGUCUGCUGCAGAAAUCUGCAGAUACGCACCAAGACGCGCUUUCUCGACGAGAACGCGUCCUUGGGUCGAACCAUCCAGACACCCUCUGGACUAUGAAUGAUUUGGCCAUUGUCCUGGGAGAAAUAGGAGACACCGAUGCAGCGCGUCGUCUGCAUCAAAGAGCCUGGACUGGUCAAAAAGCCCUGCUGGGUGAAAACCAUCCCCACUCUCUGUGGACCAGCGGGGCGCUCAGGAAGCUGAGUUACUGA